AUGACCCCCGACCCCGCGCCCUCGGCCGCGGCCCCAGACUCGCGCAUCAACACCAAAGAUGGAAGACAGUACUGGGAGACCGUCAGCGCCGACGUCGAUGGCAUGCUAGGCGGGUUUCCCUACGUGACCAAGGUCGAUCUUCAAGGAUCCAAAAACUUCUUGGCCAAGAUGGGUAUUGGCAACAAGGACGGGCUGAAGACGUUAAAGUCUGCCCUGGAGGGGGGCGCUGGCAUCGGGAGGAUAACCAAAGGACUACUUCUCGACGUUGCUGAGCAGGUUGACAUUGUGGAACCCAUCGCCAAGUUCACAGAAGGCCUUAGUGAGAUCUCUGGUGUGAGGACGGUGAGCAACAUUGGGCUGGAGGAAUGGACACCACCGCCUGGGAUUCAGUACGAUCUCGUUUGGACGCAGUGGUGUCUAGGCCAUCUCACCGAUCAACAGGUGAUCACCUACUUGGAGAGGUGCAAGGCUGCCUUGGUGCCUGAGACUGGGUUCAUCAUUGUCAAGGAGAACCUCAACACUGGGAUUGAGGAUUUGUUUGAUGAUGUGGAUAGUAGUGUCACUAGGCGAGACGAGAAGUUCCUUGAGCUGUUUAAGGCUGCUGGGCUUCGGCUAGUGAAAAGCGAGAUACAAAGAGGCAUGCCUAAAGAGCUCUUCCCAGUCAAGACUUAUGCUUUGAGAUAA